ACGUGGUAUUGUGUCUGUUGCGAUAAACAAAGAUUUGCAUUCAUUAUGCCGCCUAAAGCUAGUGGUAAAGCUGUUAAAAAAGCUGGUAAAGCUCAGAAGAACAUUAGUAAGUCCGAUAAAAAAAAGAAGCGUAAGAGGAAGGAAAGCUAUGCUAUUUACAUCUACAAAGUACUUAAACAAGUACAUCCAGAUACUGGAAUCUCCAGUAAAGCUAUGAGUAUUAUGAACAGUUUCGUCAACGAUGUUUUUGAACGAAUUGCCGCGGAAGCAUCGAGAUUAGCCCAUUACAAUAAACGUUCGACAAUAACUUCUCGGGAAAUUCAAACUGCAGUGCGUUUGUUGUUACCUGGUGAGCUCGCAAAACACGCUGUUAGCGAAGGUACUAAAGCUGUGACCAAAUACACGAGCUCAAAAUAAAUGAUUAAUAUCGUGGAAAUAUAAAACCGGCCCUUUUUAGGGCCACCAAUAAUUUUUUACGUUGAACAUGUUUCUUAUAUGGAAAUAUUCAAAUUUUUAUUUGUGCUAUUUUUUUUAUAUUUGACUAUUAUCUUUCUAAUUUAUAUCAUCUCUGUAGCUUGUUAUAAGAAUUAUAUUAUAAUUUUUUAAAUUUGUCUAUAUACCGAAUUGUAGAUUUAAAUGUUACAGUAAAUUCACAAGAUGUUUUAAGUUUAUUGAUAAUUUUGCCGAACCUGCACCAACAAAUUCUGAUAUCAAAAUUGACCAAGCGAUCGUUGUAUCUUUGCAAUUUUCCUAUCUUUGAUCAGGAUCAAUGCACAUAUAUACCGAUAAAAUACAAUCGGAUCUCAUUCGAAUACUGUCAUUAAUUACAAUAUAUAUCAGAUUGGCUAUAAUUUUCUUAUUUUAUUAAAUUACGACAUAUGGUUUCUAAUGGCAAAAUUGAAUAAUAAAAAUUGUUGUCUAAUCCAUAAUUUUAUCGUAUACGAUUGACAAUGGUAUCAUGUGAACAUUUACAUACAUAAAUGAAUAUAUGCGCUAUUAUUAGAAAGGAGUAAAAUAAACGCUUAAAAAAACAAAACUGAA